AUGAUUAAAUACUUUGCUUCCCACUACGUCCUACCCUCUCUUAUUUCUAACCCACCUUUUCCUUUUAUCUUUCUGUCUAGUCGUCUCACUUGUGACUUCAAUUCCUCUCCCUCACUUCACCCUUUCUCUCGAUCAUUUUCCCUCUCUUUAUCUGUUAUCUCUCUUUCGCUUUACUAUCUCAAACUUUUUCUCUCAGUAUCCACUUUUCUCUUAGUGCUUAUGUUUCCCUCUUCCUUUUCUCAUUCUUUUUUCUCUCUCUUUAGCCUUUUAAUCUUUCUUUUUUUCUUUUUCAUAACACCCGCCUCUUUUAAUAUUUUCCACUUUAGUUUCCACCUUCUCUUACUCUGUUUUUCUUUCUAUUUUUCGAUAUUUCUCUCGCUUUAUAACUUGUCACUUAUCUUUCUUAAUAUCUAUUUCACCCUCUAUAAAUUUCCUUUUAUUUCUCUCUCUCUCUCUCUCUCUCUCUCUCUCUCUCUUUCCACUCUUUCUCUUUAUAUCUUCUCUUCAAUUUCUCAACCCUCUUUAUUUUAUAACACCUUAUUUCAUUUUUCACACACUUUCUCUAUCUAUCUAUCUAUCUAUCUAUCUAUCUAUCUAUCUAUCUAUCUAUCUAUCUAUCUCACUCUCUUUAUCUCUCUCUUUCUCUCUCUCUGA